GGAAAACAACACUAUAAGAAAUUCUAGAAAAAUCAACUUUCGAAAAGCCAAAUAAUGAAUUUGUACUCUUUCAUAAUUUUUAGAGAAACCUGUAAUUAUCGAAUUUUGACACUGUUGACAAUUGACAUAAUUUCCAAAGCCACCUACUUUUGACAAAUGACAAUUCCAUGGCCAACUUUAACAAAAAUGCCUGAGAUAGAAAUCUUAUAAAAUACAACAUUUUUAUCUACAAAUAGUUAUUUAUUUCUAAUUGGCAUAUUAGCAAUGUUAACUUCCAACAAUUCCAACUCUUUUCUUUUAUUAGCUUCGAAUUCUUGCAGCAACAAAAUCUCCAACUCUUUGUACGUCUUCAAAAUACUCUCCAAACUGUUUUUUUCCAACAUCAGCCCAACCAUUGUCUGAUCAUACGCAAUUUCUCCAAUAGUCUUCAACAAAAUCACAUAUUCAUUAAGCUCAUUACUCAACUGACUAGCCAAAAUUCUGAAUUCUGGCAAAGCAUCAGAGGCGACAUCUCCUGAACGUUUAAUCAAAUCGAUUUGCUGCCCAAUACAGUUACGAUACUCUUUGGAAACUGUUAUUAUCGACUUUUUUAGCUCAUUCAUUAUAUCGAUAAUUGCGGCUUCGCCUUCAACAAAGGCCUUGAAAACGUCAUCUUCCAAAUCCGUUUUGGUAUAGGGAAAUAUUGCACCAAUAGAAAACGGGGCAAAACGCAUUUUUGGGGCCUUGACAAGCGAUAAUCUUUUUACAUUGAACAAGGGUUGCAAUAUAAAUAAUCGAUUUCUUAGUAAAUUGCGUGUCAAUUGCCACAAUUUAUUCAUUUGACCCUUUUUUGACUGAGAAUUUUGACAAAACUAACCUCAAAUUAAAACAAUACUACAAUAUAGCUAUCUCUUUCUAGCACGCACAAAUUGUAACCUUAUUUUAGUCAAAAUGUCGCUUAUAAAAACGUAUCAGAAAUUGUUAAAAAAUCAUUUUAUGGUGGUGCAAGCGGUUCAGACAGGGCUGUUAAUGGGCGUUGGCGAUGUUGUCGCUCAGACGCUGGUCGAAGGUAAAAAUUUGAAAAAGUACCAACCUGUUAGGACUGCCAAAUUUAUGCUGCUAGGUACUGUUUUUGUGGGUCCAUCUUUGAGCCUUUGGUACCGCACCCUGGCCCGCAAAUUCGGCACCCAAUCCUCGUCGAUAACCACCCUGAAAAAAGUCGCUUGUGACCAACUAAUCUUCGCCCCAAGUUUUUUGGUAGUUUUCGUUACCAACCUCAACCUGAUGAAUGGAAAAUCGUUUUCGCAUAUCAAAAAAGAAUUAGAGGCUAAUUAUACUGACAUUGUGGUGGCUAAUUGGAAAUUGUGGCCUGCGGUGCAACUAGUUAAUUUCUAUUUGGUACCAUUAAACUAUCAGGUUUUGUUGGUGCAAGGAGUCGCCAUCGUUUGGAACACUUAUUUGUCUUGGAAGACACAUACUUCGCACGAAGAUAUUGAAAUAGAGUAGAAUUAAGUUCGAAAUUUACUUUCCAAUAGUUUUAAGCAUUUGAAAUAAAUUAAUUUAAGUAAUAUAGUUUGAAAUUGGCGCCAUUUGACAGUUGCACUAGAUCAAAACGAAGUCAGUGCACUUGGAACAGUCAGAGUAAAAUUACUUUCGAUUCGACAAUGAAAUACAACUCGAUACUGACCCUAGUUGGGUUCGGAAUGAUAGGAAGUGUCGACACUUUUUACACUAUUGACACUGUGGCGUUCUUUGAUUGGUGGGAGUAAGUUUCGUGUACAGUUUAUUUGCGUUUGGAAAUAACUUAAGGUAAGUUUGGAAUGGUACAAAAUGUCGACACUAUUGACACUGUGACGUAUGUUAGUUGGUAAGAGUAUGUUUGGUGUACACUUUAAUUGUGUUUGGAAAUAAUUUGGUGUCCGAUAAAGAGAGUGUGGCACCAUUCACUCGAUACAAGAUAAUAAUGUAUUCAGUAUUACACCGUCAUCACGUGAUGUAACCUUGCACUACACGAACACCGUACUAAAAUCCCAUUCCGAACUCACCUUUGGUACCCGAAUGGUGUAAAGAUGAUCGGACAUCAUUUACUCGGUAUAAAAUGAUAGUGUAUUCAGUAACCAAGAGUUCAACCUAACGUAGCCUGCUGAUAUUUUGUAAACUGUUUGUAAUCCGUUUUGGUUCUAGUGAACGUAGCUAUAGUGAAUAAAUUCAUUGUUUAGUAGCAUAUUAGAGUAGUUCGAACAGCAACAAUCAGAACAGAGCAAAUAGAACAGAUUUAGUGCAGAUGGAACAGCAAUUGAAAAAAUUGGAACAUUUAAUACUCAAAUAAAAUAGAUGCAGAUGGAAUGCUUUAGAGUAAUUUAAAUAGAGUUAGUGCAAGUCGAACAAAAUUAAAACAAUCAAAGUAGUUAGGCACUAGCUGACGUCACACACAAUCUCACAUUAGACGUGCGAUGAGGGAACAAAGACGUUUGAAGGUCUAUUUGUUAUGUGUGUGACGUCAGCUAGUGCCUAAUUCCAA